AUGUACAGCAGAGCCCCAGAUGGUGAGGGCGGGGGCGUCUCCUACGACUCCGAUUCUGAGGGCCGGCACGAACAAGACCAAGACGAAAACGACGACAACGACACCUCCGUCCCGGGCUUGUCGCCGUCUUCAGCAGUGGGCGUGACACCCGGCUUUCUCCACGAAGGAUUACUCCCGCCUCCGGAUUGCCUGUAUGAAAUGUCGCAGCUGUAUCGGCGACACUGCCAUCGCCAACCUCUGUGGCUGUUUGACGACGCCGAGCUUGCAUCACUACCGCAACAGCCGGAAGAGCUGGUGCUGUCGAUCCUGGCCCUGACCACUCGCUUUUCAGAAAGCCCGUAUUUCGAACGAGACAGAGACCGCGGUCGGGACCACGACCGGCUCGAGAUGUCACAGCGCUUCAGCGACGCCGCGCGCAAUCGAGUCAUGCUCAAGAUUGCCAACGCGGCGGUCAAGUUCAGCACCAUUCAGAGUCUGUGUCUUCUCAGCUGGGUGAGUUUUGCAGCGCGAGACACGUCCGUCGCAUCGCUAUACCUCAAUCUUGCCCGGGAUCUGUUGCGGUCUGCCGGGCUGGAUCUGCGCCGGUCCGAGACACAAUCGCAAGUACAAGCACAAGCACAAUCACAGGCCAGUCCGGCCGACCAGGCGGGCAAACGGCUCUUCUGGAGCAUCUACAUCCUGGACCAACUGUACGGCGCACACAGCAACCGGACCAUCACCAUGAAGGGCGGGCUGGAAAAUCUCCGCUACUGUGUGAGUGUGGGCGACCAUGCGCGACGCGCAUUGGCCCUGGAACCGCCUGUGGUGCCGGAGGAGGCAACAUAUCAUGGGUACGGGGAUGGGGAUGGGGAUGGGGGUGGGAAUGGGUCUAGCAGCAAAGAUCAAGGCGCCACCACCACCACCACCACCAAAGAUCAAGGCAUCUGGAACUACACGGUCUGUCUCAGCGCGUACUGGAACGAGGUCCGGAACUACAUCCUGCUGUGUGCGUCGGACACGGAACGGGCGCCCUGGGCGCCGGAGUCAUACUACACGCUGAUCGUGUCGUACAUGCACGAGCUGGAGACGCAGAUCCCGCAGCCUCACCGGUGGGACUACAAGCGGUUCAUGGCCUGGUCGGCCGAGGCGCUGGAGCGCGAGCGGCCGUACUGGGCGCCCUGGCUGUUCUUCCAGUUCGGCUACCACGCCAUCUACGCGGUCAUCAAUCACCCGUUCCUGCUCACGUCGCGGUCGCAGCCGCUGAAGCUGAAGAUGCCCAACACCUUCUGGCGGUCGUCGUCCGAGUCGGUCCUGCUGCAUUCCACCUGGAUCACCCGCCUCAUCACCAUGGCGCGCGACAAGCACUUCGACCUGUUCGACCCGUUUUUGGGCUACGCCGCCGGCGUCGCCGCGAGCGUCCAGCUCUUCUACUGCUGUUCGCAGAACGACGAGCUGCGCCGCUCGGCCCGGGACAACCUCGAGAAAUGCAAGGCCUUUGUGGAGCGUCAGGCUCAAGUGUGGCCGUGGUGUGGGAGGAUUAAACAGAAUCUCGACAAUCUCAUCCACACCGCGUUCGGCAGCACAUGUCUGCCCUCCCCUGCCCAGGGCCAGACCAUCUGCAUCGACACCACCGCCAUGCUGGAAAUCCUCGACUACAGCCGUCCCCGCACCGCCGGGCCCGAUCCUGAAUGUCCCGGCCGCGGCCUGUUCGACGGGAGUCUGCUGCUCCGCCACGACCGCGCCGGCAGCCAAGUCGCCACCAUUGACAUAUCCGAGGAGCUGAGUGAAGCUGCCGGUCGGCCGGUGGCACCGCCGAUCUGGAGACCUGCCACCGUACCGGCAAGUCAGGGUGACGGGAGUGGUGGUGGUGGUGGCGGUGGUAUUGGAAGUCGGAGUGGCAACGGUGCUCAAACCCAUACUCAUACCCAACCCCAAAGCCGACACGAUCUCGAUCGGCCUCUGUCUUUACCCACGCCGAGCGAUGCGCCUUCGACCACGGCUACUACCGCCACGGUCACCACCCCCGGCGAGCCGCUCCAUGACACUGAGGUGUUUUCCCUGCCUGCGGAUAACUUUAGCGAGGCGUUGCUGCAGGAUAUUUUCCAUCAAGACCUGCAGUGGUGGGAUAUGGGGAAUUAA